AUGAUAUGUGGUCUUUUCUCAGGUGCUUUUGCUCAAUUCGUUGCAUCGCCAGCAGAUUUAGUUAAAGUUCAAAUGCAAGUGGAAGGCCUGCGAAAACUACAAAAAUUGCCUCAGCGAUAUCGUAAUACAUGGCACGCAUUCCUGUCAUUAUAUAAAACAAAUGGGUUCCGAGGCCUUUGGACUGGAUGGAUACCAAACUGUCAAAGAGCAGCUUUAUUAAAUAUGGCUGAUUUAGCGACUUACGAUCGAUCGAAACGUUGGUUUUUAUCGAAAGGAAUGGGUGAUAAUAUGCUUACUCAUGCUUGCUGUAGUAGUUUAUCUGGUUUGGCUGCAGCAGUAGUUUCUAAUCCCGCAGAUGUUAUAAAAACUCGAAUCAUGGAUCAGUUGACACGAGAUACUAUCACUUGCUCCAUGAGUCAACGCAAUUCUUAUAAAGGAUCCAUCGAUUGUUUGAUAAAAAUUAUUCAACGCGAAGGAUUCUUCACUCUUUACAAAGGCUUUAUACCCACUUACAUGCGAAUGGCACCGUGGUCAUUAACAUUCUGGGUAUCUUAUGAAGAAAUAAGAUAUUUAAUGGGCGCAGAAAGUUUUUGA